AUGGAAAACACUACCAGCGAGCCUCCUCCGGAGAAAGAUGCUACGGCGCCUGAUGAUAACCAGGAAAGUACAACUCAAUAUGUGACCGGCGUCAAGCUCGUUGCGAUUAUUUCGGCCGUAACCCUAGUUUACUUCCUGAUUCUCUUGGAUAUGUCCAUUAUCGUCACAGCUAUACCCCGAAUCACGACGCAUUUCCACUCUCUCGCUGAUGUGGGCUGGUAUGGAAGUUCCUAUCAGCUGGCCUCGGCUUCUUUACAACCACUGGCAGGAAAGGUCUACUCCAACUUCUCGGCCAAGAUCACCUUCCUUUGCUUCUUUGCGGUGUUUGAAUUCGGCUCACUCCUAUGUGCGGUCUCGGUGUCGUCGAAAAUGCUCAUCAUCAGCCGUGCGGUCGCGGGAAUCGGCUCGGCUGGAUUGAUUAACGCGGCGUUUGGUAUCAUGAUGGGCUUUGGCCAACUUGGCAUCAUUAUCGGACCUUUGCUUGGGGGUGCAUUCACGGAAUACGUCUCGUGGCGAUGGUGCUUCUAUAUCAACCUUCCGGUCGGUGCCCUCGUCGCAGCUCUCCUCGUCUUUACUCGUAUCCCUGCCGCCGUCAAACCCCGCGAUGUGACAAUAUGGGUGGCUAUCAAGAAACGGUUCGAUCUGAUCGGGUUUGCUCUAUUGCUUCCAGCGUGCGUGAUGUUUUUUUUAGCUCUUGAUUACGCCGGUCACCAGUUUGAAUGGAACAGCCCAACCAUCAUCGGUCUCUUCUGUGGUGCCGGCGUGACUUUCAUUCUCUUCGUCGUGUGGGAGUUUACCAUGGGCGGCGAAGAAGCUAUGGUCCCAUACUCAAUGAUCCGUAUCCGUGCCGUCUGGUCAAGCUGCCUGGUGAUGCUUUUCUUCUUUGGAAUGCUUGAAUUGGCGUCCUAUUACAUGCCGAUUUAUUUCCAGUCUGUCAACAAUGCAACGCCGCUCCUGAGCGGUGUUUACAUGCUGCCCAGUAUCAUCAGCCAGUUGAUCUCGACUGUGGUGGGUGGAGCGCUUGUCUCGCGCGUGGGCUACUACCUCCCUUUCAUCAUUAUCUCUGGUGCCCUGUCGUCCAUCGGUAAUGGGCUGAUGGGUACUCUGAAUGCCCACAGCUCAGCCGGUCACUGGAUCGGGUAUCAAGUACUCCUUGGUUUCGGUCGAGGGCUAGGCUUUCAGAUCGCCGUGAUCGCCGUCCAGAGUUCACUCUCUGCCGAACUUGUACCCGUCUCCAUGGCCCUUAUUUCCUUCUCCCAGACUCUUGGUGGCGCCAUUUUCCUGGCUAUGGGUGAAACACUCUUGACCAAUAGCCUCAAGUCAAACCUGCCAAAGCUGGCACCUGAAGUCGACCCUAACGCUGUGGUUGAUGCCGGAGCGACGGCUAUUCGCGAUGUAGUCAAAGACCCCGUCCAAUUGGAAGGAGUGAUUGAAUCGUACGCGAAAGCCGUCAAUGUGAUAUUCUACGUGGCGGCAGGCUCAGCCGCUCUAGUGGUUUUCUUGUCAUGGGGGAUGGGGUGGAAAGACAUUCGCAAAAAGGAGGAUUCUCCUCGGGAAACCGAACAGUCCGCUCCGAGUCCGUCGGUGGCGUAG